AUGGCCCCUACACCUCGCAAGCCAGUCCAACGCCAUGAACAGUCAUGCGACUCGAGCGACUCUGACAUAUCUAGCGUCGAAGAUGGCGACGCGUACGAGAGCCCGGAUAAUGAAGAAGAAGACCCGGACCAGGAAUACAACGUCGAUGCCAUACCGUACGCGUACUCGUUCAGAGAACCCGAAAAGAAGAGCAGAGGCAGGAAGAGUCAAGCGCGGGUGAUGAGGGAGGAAGCUGCCAAGGCCAAGCCGCAAUGGCAUUAUGGUGUGAUUUGGAAAGGAUAUCUGAAGGCUCUGUCUGAUUCGCCGCAACCUGUUGACUCUUUCGAAGGGCCAAAGCCGCCUGUUAUUGUCCGGUUCUGGGCGGGCAUGGGAAUGACGCCCUCCGAUGGGUCGCUAGAACCUCUGGACAAAAUUGGAGACAGAUACUUCCUGCCUUCUCAUGCAAUGAAGCAAUGGCUGAACGAAGAACCCACAAGAAGCUGGAAACUAUUCAAGAAGCGCCAGGAGCUGCAGAGGGCUCAUGUCGAGCGUGUCAGCAGGGGUCAAGCCACAGGGAUGUUCAGAUGUCCCAAGCGCUAUUCCGACCACUACCAUUGGCUCAAAUUCAAGAAGCGCUCAGAACAAGCCAUGGGAAUGAAGACGGAAGGGAGGAGGCCCUUCUCGUCCAGAAUAUUGAACAGGUCGUCAGACGAGAGCGACUUGACUGAAGACGACGAUGCUGUCCCUCUGAAAGCCACGCAGGCCCCCAGGAGAAAGGCAGCUGGUCAGGGUAAACCCAAUAUCCCCAACAUCAAAACAGACAAGCCUGCGGCUAGCAAGAGAAAAUCGGUGGUGACCUCGUCAACCGACUCAGAUUCUUCAGUCGACACACCACUCUCUUCCUCAAGGAGAAUAAAGGUACCGAGGCCUAGCAAUUCCAGGUCAGGUUCUCAAGCUGGCGUACCCAAAACCGGGAAGCCGACUGAAGUCAAGGUAGAGGAGAGAGACGGAGCAACAUCCGAGGAGAGGGUAUCGGAGACUGUAGAAGGCCAGAAUGACUCGGCAGAGAAGGCUCCGCGAGCAGGGAGUGACAAGGAGGGGGAGAAAACGGGGGAUGCCGUCGAUUUUGGGGAGCUGGAUCAUGGCAUAUUCGAGCUGCCUCCGCUCGGUGUCACUGAGUCAACCGCGACCUCGGCGCCGAUAACAUCAGAGCGACGUUCCUUGAGUACCGCUCCAACGUCUGCCCAAGCACCGCCGCCCGCUUCCGAAUACCCCACAGCCUCUGAUGGGACCGACAAACCCCCAUCUUCUGAGAAAUCCAUCCCUCCUCUCGGUGAAUCUGCACCGACGACAGUCACGGCCCAGGCUUCACCGUCUGUCAACACCUCUUCAUCUAUACCUGCCGCCGCCUCAACACCUGCCCAGGUGCCGGUGACCGCCCCCAAUCAGCCCGUAGCUCCUGCCAAGACGGACAAGCCCCCAUCCUCCAAGGGAUCCGUCCCUCUCGCCGACAACUCUGUUCAAUCCGCAGUGCCAUCCAAGGAUCCACCGGCUGUCAAAUCUCCUACUCCCGCCAGUGCCCAAACGUCUGCACAGGUACCCGCGCCCAAUCCUGAGCAGGGAAUAGUCACUUUUGGGACGGAUAAGCCACCAUCAUCCAAGGGUUCCGUUCCUCCUCCCGGCAAAGCUACCCCGUCCACAGUCCCGUCCGAAGCUCCACCGACUGUCCACCCUCCUUCAUCUAUACCUGCCACCGCCUCAACGUCUACCCAGGCACCCGCACCCUCUCCUGAGCAGACCGCAGUCCCUGCCGCGACGGACAAGCCUUCAUCCUCCAAGGGGUCCGUCCCUCCCCCCGGGAAAGCUGCCCAGUCCACGGUCCCACCCAAGGCUCCAUCGUCUGCCAAACCGCCAUCGUCUACAUCGUCCAACCCUCCAUCGUCUACGUCCUUGGCCAAACCUCCCGCAGGAGCUCAGAAAAAGGUCAAGGAGUCGUAUGAUCCAAGAAAAGUUCCUCGGAAAGAUCCCAAGAGAGAAGCCCUCCAUGCGUCCUCUGCAGCUCAACAGACCCCUGCGGUCGCAAAGGAUUGGCUGAAAACCAUGAAGAUUGCAAAAAGGACACAACCAGUGCCUGAACCUGCUAGUUCUACCCCCCCAAAGCCGGCUCAACCUUCCCAUGCUGUGCUCUCAACAUCCGAUGCAGUCAAUCACCAUUCGGUCCACGAACCAAGACGGGAAGCUGCUACUGCAUCCGGUUCUACCAGGCCUCUUUCAGGCCCGUCUCCUCACGCUCCCGCCGCCGCACUGCCAGAACCUAGCGCCGCUGGUCCGGGUAUACAGCCUCUGCGUGUCGAUCAGCCCGUUCGAUCGUCCUCAAUCUCCGAUGCGCUUGUUGGCGAGUCACCGGUCACUGUCGGCCAUUCACCCGGUCAAACGGGCGAACGCCGCGCCUUUCAUCCAGGAUCGAUCGACUUGACUACCUCCCACAAUAUCGAGACAAGCUCAUUGCCCUCCAGCACUCCGGCAGCUAUCCUUGGCCCUGGUGGAAAAGAGCGUCCAAAGUACGAGCAACCUAAGCGUAUCAAACACAUCGGUAAUGACGACGAGAUUAUAACACCCCAAGAAGCUCGAAAGAGGAGGAUGACAGGAGAAGACGGUGCUAGCCCAGUCUCGCCAAAGAGAUCAAAGACCAGCUACUUCCCCCACACCUCCAAGACAACCCAGAGGAAGAAAGAUACGGAUUUUUUGGCAUCUACGACCAGGCUGUCCGUCGGCCGGGCGUCGGAGGAACAGCAGCGCCCAGGAGUAGCGCAGAGAAAGACGUCAGAUGGGACUCCAGCGCAGAUGCGUAGAGUGGGCAGCACAACGUCGUCCUUGGCAGGAUCGAUGACACCUCCGCCUGUGCCAAGGGGCAGGGCGUCUUUGGAUAGAUCAAGAGAAGGGUCAGGCGUGACUCCUACUCGGGACGGGACAUAUUCACCGCCUGCUGACAGGGCUGGCAAGCCAUUAAAUGGUGUCACAAGACAAGGCAGCGCCGACCAGCCCAAGCCUUCUAUAGCUAUCUAUCAACCGCGCAACAAGGCACAGGUCCCGCCGCAACCUCCAACGACUGCCGUACAGUCGAACGCACCGAAUGAUCCCCGACUAUCAAUAUCUGCAACCCAAGAAACAUCCCAGUCUCAGUCCCCGGCUCCUCUGGCCAGCGGUGACAAUGUUCAAAGUCAGCGGCAACAGCAGGGGACAUCGCAUCUGGGUCUCACUAUCGUCAGUUCCCCUUCGACGAUCAAACCAAAUUACAUCCCGACACCGACGUCAGCUCGACCGCCCGCGCCUGUUGACAGUUCCCCGAAAGCACUCCCCACCACCUCCAUACCCACACCAACGACAGCUCGGCUGCCCUCGCCCCUGAGCAAAUCCCCAAAGCUCCUCCUCACCCUACAACGGCUCCGCUCUGAUACCAAAUUUCCGGACGGUCCCGAAUUGAGUGACAAUGGCCAAGCAGUCCCGCUCGCAUCGGCAGCAAAUGUCGACCCUUUUCUGUGUCCUGUUCAGUCUCUGAACGUGAUCCCAGAAAACGUGGUGACACUAUCCCCGUAUCUUCUGUUGAAGCACCCAAAGAUGUGGGUGAGAGUGAUGAAAGCAUUGAGGGGCACGCGGAGAUGGGGCGCAUAUCUGACCCCGUCUGUGCUUUGCUUUUUGAAGCAGACGUGGGACGAUCACGACUACGACCUAAGCCCGGACCCCACCGAGUCAUUCAGCGCUCUCAUCAGCAGCCUCCCUCUCGAUGGGGGUCACGCCUUUCAUACCGGCGCCCCCUGGGGUGAGGCCUAUGGCCUUUCGGUCAGCUGCAACCCGCCAAUGAAGAAGCUCAAGAGACCCUUGAUGGAAUGGCGUCUAUGGCUGACCGAUGUUGUCCGCCAAAACGACUUUGAGGCACUCGUCAAGAAGUGUAUUGGUGUAGAGCAGGGCCACUUUGAACAGAUGGUUGCCAGAGACGCCGGGCAGGCGCUGCCGGCGCCAGACCCGGUCGAUCGGGAAGAAGUGAUUCUCGAGCAAUUGAGAGAUCUUACGGCCAUGAAGACAAAUGAUGAGCUGGUGUAUACUAGAUAUGUGUAUGUGGGGCACUUUGAGCUAGGAGACGCGAACAGGAAGAAGGUGGAGCGGAAUUAUAGUCAUGGAGUGAGUCCACAUUUUUGA